GACGAGGGAGUGCGGAAGUUCAAACACUAUUUUUUGGUAACUAGUACCAGUGUAUUCGAUCACUAGAGGCAACAUUUAAUAACUUAUCGCAUUCUUUUAUUUGUACUUUAGCUCUAUAUUCUAUUUAUGUUCCCUUCUUUUUGUGUACAGGAGCGGGGGCGAAGGAGAAGCAAUGGCAGGAACAGGUAGCAGGCGGUCCCAAGUGAUGUCCAUUCUCGGCCAAGCUCUCGUGGUGCUGUCAGUGUUUGCAGUGUUGGCAGAGCCAUUCUUCCACCACCGAAAAUCUCGCUGCCAACAACCAAGGGUCAAAUACAUCACGCUCUACGAGACCUUUUAUCAACAGGUUCCGGUGUACGAGACAGUCUACAAGGAUCAUUACGUCCCCACAACCCUCUACGAUACACAGUACCACACUGAAUACGACACCCAGUAUUAUGCCCAGUACGUCCCCAAGUACAUAACGGAGACUGUGUAUAAAACAGACAUACAGUACGUUACCCAAGAUAAGUAUCACACCGUUUACAAGACCCAGUAUGUCACCAGUGCAGUUUAUGUACCCAAAUACGUCACAGAAACCGACUAUAAAACGAAGUAUGUAACGCAGCCGCAGUACAAUACCAUCUACAAUACCGAAUUCGUGCCCAAGUACCUGACGGAGACGCAAGUGAAGUUCCAAACACAAUACCAGACCCAGUUAGUGCCGCAGUACAUUACAGUCACCGAGACAAAGCCUCACUAUAAGACCUAUUGUCCGGAGUCGUCCUAUGGGUCUUAAACAGUCUUCUAAACUAUCCCCUUUUAGUAGAUUUUGUAUUUUAUUUCUAUUUUCACUAAAACAAUAUCAACGCACAAAUAUACAUUGGUAAUGUUUGGGAUCAAUUGUAUGCUGUUGUUCUUGAAAUUGUUUUUAGAUCCAAAGAUUUUGUUGAAAUACUGUACACGUCCCAUAGUUUUUUUUGUACAUGUUUGUAUAAAUAAAGAAUUAAUUAAAUAUUGUGGAGUGUG